UUUGUUUUCAGAGUAAUUAAUAAAAAAAAUGCGCGGGGGUUCAAAGGAACAGAACGCUACAUCAAUGCCUUUGGAGUACAUAAGAAGUGGAACGGAAGCACCUGGAGACGGAUUGAGAAAUGAAAGUGGGAUUGUGCAAACACCACCUCCGGAGCAACAGACAGUAAGUCAAAAAUGUACCAAAAUCGUUGGAGCCACAAUUGGAAAAGAAAUGAUCAAGAAAAGAAUGAGGAGUUUAGAGGAGGCACCACAAAGAGAGAAGAUUGAGAAGGAUCGAAGACACAGUCUUGCUGGAGGUCCAACAGCUAAUCAGUUGGAUAAACCAAUAUGGCAGCCUGUUGGUGCUGCUACACAUACAAAUCAAAUUGUUCAAGAGAGAACAGAAAGUUUGACAAAGGCCCCUGCAGGUGAUAAAAUGGGCAGUAAAAGGAAAUCAGGGGGAAGCUUGCCUAUUACUGGAGCUCAAAUUGGAAACUGGGUCCGGCAUAGUGUAACAGCAGCUGUUCCAGAAGAAGAUGAAGAAGAACUGAUUGAAAGUGAAGAGGUUCUACCAAAUAUAGAGGUAACGAGCAAUUCCAGAAGAAAGAGUGUUGAUGACUUUCCAAGAAGGAAUAAAAUCGACUUUUUAAGAAAACGCAGUAUGGCAGAUGAUCAUAAGGUUUUUCACAAAGGUCAGAAAAGAUCAACACAUUCACUUCCAGAUGAAAGGCUGGAAGGAGCAAGAUUUAAAGAUAAGAUACUUGAAGAUAAAGAGAAGAGUGUUGAUGAAGGACAGCCUAACGAUCAGAACUGCAGGAAAAGACGGCGAACGGUAGCAAACCUACCGGUCGGUGUUAAAAUUGGAGGUUGGUUUAAACACAAUACUGGAAAAACAACUGCUGAUGAUAAGGAAGAACUGAUAGAACCAGAUACUGUAGACAAGAAUAAUCGCAUUUCCAAACGGCAAAGUGUGUCAACGAUUCCAGAUGUGAAUACAAUCGAAAAUCUGAGAAGAAACAGUCCGGCAGCCUCACCAGUGUUAAAAAAGAAAGGUAGUGGAAGACGACUAAGUUUGCUGGAAAAGCUAGAAGGCUACCAGAUGGGAAGUAAAAGGAGAAGAUCCUUUCCCAAAACACUCAAAGGAAAUGAGAUUAACGGUCUAGCCAAACUCACUGAUAACGAGUGUCCAAAAGAUGAUCCCGAGGAAAAUAUGAGAAGACAUAGUGCACCUUCAGCUAGUAAUCGAGGAGGACCUUUGAGGAAGCAAAGUAUGGCAGGUGCUCCAGCGGUAAAGAAGAUUAGUAUGGUGAGGAAGUUCAGCAUAGCAGCAGGACUGGAGGGAUAUCAGAUGUACUGCGUAGCACCAAGUGUUCCUGUACUUCAAGGGGAGAAUAAGACGAAUACUCUAAGGAGAAGGAGUGUAGGAAAAGCACAGAAUGAAGAACAGAUAGACAGUUCUAGAAAGGGUAGCGUGGAGAAGCUACCUAGGCAUAUUGAUGCAGUGGUUUUGGAAAGAAACCCGUCUCUAAAAUGGAUGGGGACAGGACAAGAAAACAGCUCGAAGGCCGGAACUAAGUCUCUGGUAUGGACCGGAGAACACAUCAGCAGUUAUUCAGACCCGGAAAAGGCUGAUAAUGUGACCAGAACUGAAAAAGUUUCUCAGUCCUGCUCUAGAUCAAGUUCCUGGCUGAGUUUACAGAAUGGUUUAGUAAAGCAAGGUCUGGCUGUUGCUGGUAUGUCCCUGGGUUGUGUACUAGAUGGAACUGUUAUUGCCUACUCAUCACCUGCUCUUCCUUCAUUGUUCAAACAGAGCUCAACUGUUCAGAUUAAUCUUCAUCAUGCUUCAUGGAUAGGUAGUGUUCACACAUUGGGUGCAGUGCUUGGUUGUUUAUUAUCUAUACCUACCAUGACACUGCUGGGUAGGCGGGGUGCUGCUCUUUACGUGAUGACUGUAGCUUAUCUAUUGGGAUAUCUACUCAUUGGCUUCGCGGUUAACGUUGAAAUGAUUAUUAUAGGUCGGUUGUUAGGUGGAAUAGGAUUAGGAUUAACUCUCUCUAUAACUCCAGUCUAUCUUGUAGAAGUAUCCAAUAUCAGUAAUAGAGGAAUGUUGGGAGUAAUUCCUCCACUAUUUACCCAGGUUGGACUGUUAACGACAUAUAUCUCUGGUAUCUGGUUAGAAUGGGCAGGGUUGGCUCUCUCAGGGAUAGCUCUGAUAGUACCAACGAUCUUGUUUAUUUGGGUAAUCCCAGAGUCACCUGUACAUCUAGCCUCGAAGGGAGACUUUAUGGGAGCUGAACAAUCUCUACAAAAAUUGGGACGAACAGAGGCUCCUACAGGGUUCUUUAAACAGGUUCAAGGAGAAACUCUGCACUACAGUGGUCCGGACGUAUUUGAAAAUACAGAAGAUGCAAACUCCUCUCCGUCCUGGAGAUUCCACAAGCACCCUGCAGUCUGGAAACCAUCUCUCGUCUGUCUAGCCAUCAUGUUCUUCUUCCAGGCCACGGGAUACAACACCAUCAUCGCCUACAGUAAGCUUAUCUUCAAGGAGUCGGGGCUAACAAUGAACGAACAUAUCGCUACUGGAAUCACCGGCGGGGUCAUCUUGGUCAGCUGUAUUGCCGCUAUUGGACUCUCCAAACUUCUACGCAGAAAACUUCUCCUACUUGCUUCAUCUAUUGGGACCAGUAUCAAUCUGAUUAUAUUAGGGGUUUACUAUUAUCUCAAGGGUUCAGGGGUUUCUUUAACCUGCCACUGGGUACCACUUGUCUCUAUGCUUGUAUUUAUAUCCUUUUUCAUGGUUGGAUAUGGAGCAGUUGCUUGGACUGUCAUGGCGGAAAUACUUCCCACUUCAGCACGUGGGAAACUAUAUCCGUUUGCCGUAGCGUUCACGUGGAUCUGUAACUUCUGCUUUGCACUUAGCUUUGGAUACAUUCAGGAAUAUUCUGGAUCUUUCUCAGCUUUUUGGUGCUUCGCAGGGUUGUCAUUUAUAGGAGCCAUAUUUAUUGUUUUCUGUGUACCGGAAACAAAAGAUAAAUCUCCGGAAGAAAUUGCGGAGUUUUUUGUCAAAAAAACUCCCGUAGUUUUAAAUUCAACCGCUACUUCUGUGAUGGAUAUCAGUUCGGUUUACUGAUUUUUCAAUUCAACAAUCUUAAGUUAUUCGAUUGAGCCUAUAAAAGUACACGGAGCACCCUAAAUGCAAAGAAAUGUUGCCAGGAUGUAAACCAUGGCUAUGCUUGUCUAGAAUGUCAGAUCCCCAUGAGCUUGCAGCAAUCUAUUUGCCAUACAUUUAAAAAUUUAUUCCACCUAUCUGUCUAAAAAAGUACCUGAACCUUUGUGUGUUCCAAAACCAAUCCCUUUUCAACCAUGAUCAGAGUUUAGAGCAUAAACUGCAGGAUUUUCUGAUUUAAAGUUUUUGAACCAUGUUAAGUCAAAUUUCAAUUAUUGUGCAAUGUUAUUCCACAUAGAGUUUUACACUUAUUUUUUGAAGGUAUUUAAAGGUCUGUACAUAUGAUUUCAAGCAAACUUCCAUUUAUAGAGUUCUAUGUUUGAUUCACAACGAUACCCUUAAACGCUUUGCGUAAUCAAGUAUGAAUUAUACAUCGAUGCUUAUAAUCUUAAAACAGAUUAUUUUCAAUUGUGCAUUUCUACUGCAAGAAAACUAAGGAGAAAUGAUCGGAAUUAAACACUUUUCAAGCUAGAAAACUACGCUACCUUUCACUUUAUUAAUCAGAUUUCGAGGGUAACGUUGUUAAUUAGGCAUAGCCCUCUUUAAAGCUCUCUGCUUUCAAGUUGAAAUUUGAAGAAAAUUCUCUGCUUUCAAGUUUAAAUUUGAUGCAAACUCUCUGCUUUCAAGUUUUAAUUUGAAGCA